ACGUUUUGCUGUCAAAUGUCAAAAUUUAUUUUGGCGCUUCCGUUCCGUUCGUUACUAUGUUUUAUCGUAAAUAAUACAAAAAUUAAAUAUUUAUUUUUAUUGUGCAUGUUUAUAUUGUGUUGUUAUUCAUUAUAUAUAAAAUGGCAGAAGAUAUUAUAAUACAUGAGCCAACAAAAGCUGAGUGUGGUGAAAUUAAAGCUAUUGCUAAGGACACUGUGCAUAGAAUUUGCUCCGGCCAGGUUGUGCUUACUCUGGCGGUGGCUGUGAAAGAGCUUGUCGAAAAUUCCAUUGACGCCGGUGCAUCGCUCAUUGAAGUCAAACUUCGGGAACAAGGUUUAGAAUCGUUGGAAGUUAGUGAUAAUGGCUGCGGAGUUCGUGAAAGUGAUCUCGAAGCUAUGACCGCAAAAUACCAUACAUCAAAGAUCAAAGACUUUGUUGAUUUGCAAAACGUUGAAACGUUUGGAUUUCGCGGGGAAGCACUUAGUUCCCUUUGUGCUUUGUCUGAUUUAUUUGUGCUCACAAGGCAUGCCUCGCAAGAUGUUGGUGUACGUCUGGAACUCGAUCAUGAGGGUAAAAUUAAAAAGCGGACCCCCUGCGCUCGUGGUGUAGGCACCACGGUUACAUUAACAAAUUUGUUUGUGACGCUACCUGUGAGGCGUCGCGAUUUUACGCGUAACGUUCGCAAAGAGUUCAACAAAAUGUGUCAAAUUUUACAAGCAUACUGUUUAGUAGCGCGAGGUGUUCGUAUAAUUUGUACUAAUCAGAAUGCCAAAGGUGCUAAAAUGGUAGUUAUGCAAACACAUGGAAGUCAGGAUGUUCUAGCAAAUGUCGGUGCAGUUUUCGGGAAUCGUCAAGCAUCCGAGCUUUUGCCUUUAAAGUCGAUCUUCUGUGCGGACCAGGCUUUAACCGAAGAAGGCUUACAUGCAGAAUUACAGUCAGAAUUUGGAACGGAUGAUAACUUGCAAAUUACACCCGAAGAUUUGGAUCAAUUAAAAUCCUCACGUUUUAAGUUGGAAGGAUAUGUGUCCAGCUGCAAUCAUGGUGCCGGCCGAUCGUCCAAAGAUCGCCAAUAUUUUUAUAUAAACUCGAGACCCUGUGAUCCAAAAAGUAUAUCAAAAAUUGUGAAUGACACUUAUCAUCGCUACAAUAGUCAUCAAUAUCCGUUUAUAUUUUUAAACAUCGUUACUUCUCGGUCGGACGUGGAUGUAAAUCUAACUCCAGAUAAACGGCAGUUAUUGAUUCACAAUGAAAAAAUAUUGAUAAUAGCUAUCAAAAAGGCAUUGUUGAAUACAUACGCCAACUUACCAUCUACAUAUAAACUUCAAAACUCUACUAUAGUUAGCAUGUUGGGAAAUGACCGAGAAAAUGCACAAAAUGAAAAUGUGGAGGAAAAGGUAACGACUGAUGAACCUCUUGAGAAUAUGCCAAUUAGCAGUUCACAAUGUUUUAUGGAUGUAUUAUCACAAUGGAAGAAAACUGGCGAUACAGUAGGCACAGCCCCACCGGUCUCUAAAAAGCGGAAAUAUCCAGACGAAGUAGAAGUGCGUACUUUAAAGUUAAAGAAAAUACAUGAGUAUUUAGAUAGAGAAAAUCCAAAACAUUGUGAUAUGCCUAAAGAGUUCAGAGUACAGUCUGAGAGUGAUGAUGACGAAACUAGUCAACCAGCUAAGGCAAAUGUCUCAAAUGUGGUAUUGAAUGAACAGAAAUCAUUUGACACUAGUAUACUUGAUUUAGAACGCCUAAGCAAAGAAUCUCUAGAAUUUGACUCAUUGACUGAAAAAACUGUGGAGCGCCUGGAUCGUGAAGUUUUAUCUAACCCGCCGGAAUUAGUUUUGCACUUAGACGUUCCGGUUAAAGUUGAUAAUUUGAUGGAUUCGAUGAAUAAAAAUGACGAAGAUGAAGAUGUGACGUGUUCUCAAUUAUCUGCUACAAAAACUGUAGUGUUAGAUGAUAGUGUAAUAGAUGCUGAAUCUACUAGCAAGUACUACUCUACUGGAGUUAUGCGUAUUACACUCCCAGAAAUCGAGCGAAAUAUUAAAGCUGAGGAAAAGUUAAAGGCUGAAAUUAAACAGUCUAAUAAAGCCAAGCUGGAGCGCUUACGUUUCAAAAGUGAAAUUAAUCCCAGUCAAAAUUUAAAGGCAGAAGAGGAAUUACAGCGUGAAAUUAGCAAGGAGACUUUUGCCAAAAUGGAAAUUUUGGGUCAAUUUAAUUUAGGUUUCAUCAUUGUGAAAUUGGAUACGGAUCUUUUUAUCAUCGAUCAACACGCCACUGACGAGAAAUAUAACUUCGAGGUGUUGCAACGAACUACGGUUAUGCAAUCACAACCACUGGCUGUACCGCAGCCACUCGAACUGACGGCGGCCAAUGAGAUGCUCUUGCUAGAUCACCUGCCAGUGUUUGAGAAAAACGGCUUCAAAUUUGAAAUCAAUGAAAGUGCACCGCCUACUAAGAGAGUUAAAUUACUGCGUAAACCCUCUAGCCAGGGUUGGGAAUUUGGCAAGGAGGAUAUUGACGAGUUACUCUUCAUGCUUCAGGAUGCUCCUCAAGGAAGUGUGUGCCGACCAUCACGAAUACGCGACAUGUUCGCAUCGCGAGCUUGUCGCAAAUCGGUAAUGAUUGGUAUGGCCUUGAAACGUGCUACGAUGAAGAAAUUAGUUACGCACAUGGGAGAGAUUGAACAACCUUGGAAUUGUCCACAUGGGCGGCCAACGAUGCGUCACCUUAUCAAUAUCGCAAUGCUUGAAGACGAUGUGGAAAUCGAUGAUACACAGACAGUUACUUAGAAAUAUGCUUCGCCAGACUGUUGAUUAGUUGGUAAAAAUAGGAUGGUACAGGUAACUGGAGUUUGAGAAUUCGUGAGUCUGGGCUAGGUAAACAACAACAAUAAUAACAUAUGGCACAAAAAAAUUAAAAUUCAUAAAUUUGUCAGUUCAGAUUUUUUUUAUUAAACACUGAUUGUACGAAAAACAUUAAAUCCACUAUGCGCCGUGGACAAUAUUACACCCGGCAAUUGCGGAUGCCAAUGCAA